CUCGCGCUGCUUCCGCGCCGACGCGUCGACCUGGAGGCGGCGGAGUGGGCGUGGCUUGAGCCCGGUCCGCCUUCGCGCCCCUCUGAGGGGACGGAGACUGCGUGGCGCUCGAGGCUCCAGCAGCGGCUCUUCUUCAGGUGGGACGCCGGGGAAGGAGGUCGCUGAGAGAGCCGGGGUGGGGUGACCGCGUCUGGCCGGACAUGGUGGACAUGGGGCAGGGGGAGGCUGAGGGGUCGGCCGGAGCAGUGCCCCUCUGGUGGUGGCCCAAUAAAUGUGAUAAUUUAAAGGGAAGCUUUUAAUGUUUGGUGUAUUACAAUAUUUUAAUAUUUUUUUGGAAGCCAUCCAGAGUGGCUGGGGAAGCCCAGCCAGAUGGGCGGGGUAUAAAUAAUAAAUUAUUAUUAUUAUUAUUAUUAUUAUUACCCCUCUAAAUCCUUGAGUGUACUUCUAAUAGAGAAGUUAUGGUAGCCUGUUACUUUAUGAAACUGCUGAUUUUGCAAGUUGCUGCCCCCCCCCCCAAUUGGGGCAGAAAUACAGCUAAUAUGUGAAUCACAAAGAUCCAGCUCAAAGCUAGAACAUAAGUUGCUACAUGGUGCAAAUGGCUACACGUAACACAGGUUCCCAACAUGCACACUAACACAAUGUAACAGAACACGGUGGGAAUCAGAACUUAAUCAGCAGAAAUUGCCAGUGCUUAUUGUGCAUGUGUAUUAAACAUGAAAUGAGGUAAUGAUGUUCAGUGAAUGCUCGGGUUGCGAGCGUGAUCCGUGCGGGCUGCACGUUUAAAACCUGCAGUGUUCGCAACCUGCAGCGGCGCGUCUGCACACGUGCAGGUUGCGAUUCGACGCUUCUGCGCACGUGCAAAGCACUAUUUAGCGCUUUGCGCAUGCGCGACUGCCGAAACCCGGAAGUAACCCGUUCCGGUACUUCCAGGUUUCGGCGGCUACGUAACCCGAAAAAACACAACCUGAAGCGUCUGUAACCCGAGGUAUGACUGUAUAUGAUUAAUCAAAGUUGAAAUGCUUUGUUUGAAACUUUAUAAAUUCACUGCCUGAACCACCAGGCGCGGUUGCAGUUUUGCAGAAUGAUCUGACUAACCUAUUGCUUUGCAAUAAACAACAUUGGACUCCUAACUCCUCACGUUUCUGAGUUUUAUUGGCAUGAACUCAGGAGUCCUGUUGUUCUGUGUAGCUGUUGUGGACAAGGAAAAAACUACAAAUGAAGGUAAAUCUUAAGAAGACCAGUAGUUUGAAGUUGCUAUUACAAACAUCAGAAGAGCCCUGGUGAAUCAUCUAGUCCAGCAUCAUAUUUUCAAAGUGGCCAGCCUACAGAAAGCCUUCAAGCAGGACCUGAGUGCAACAGCAUUCUUCCCAGGUGUCAUUCUGUGCUACUGACAUUCAGAGGCAUUUUGCCUUUGACAGUGGAGGUAGCAUAUAUAGCCGCCAUGGCUAAUAGGCAUUGAGAGUUUGGAUUUGAUAUCCCGCUUUAUCACUACGCGAAGGAGUCUCAAAGUGGCUAACAUUCUCCUUUCCCUACCUCCCCCACAACAAACACUUUGUGAGGUGAGUGGGGCUGAGAGACUUCAGAGAAGUGUGACUGGCCCAAGGUCACCCAGCAGCUGCAUGUGGAGGAGUGGAGACGCGAACCCGGUUCCCCAGAUUACGAGUCUAUUGCUCUUAACCACUACACCACACUGGCUCUCUAAUGGGUUCUAAUGGGUACAUACAUUUGUUCCAGUGAACCCCUUUCAAGUCUCGUGUGCUGGGUGCAUUUUGUGAUUACAUCCAAUAUAAUCUCUAUUUUAAAGGCAGAUCGUUUGAUAUUGGCACACUUCUUAGUGUCAAAUUAUGCUGCUUGGUUUGUAAUUUUCUGAAAUGUAGAUUAUUUUUUUCCUGCAGAAAAUAUCCCUUCAGAGUGGGCUACAAUGGAGAUGGUUGAACCACUCUUGAACAGUGAUGCAACUUUGGACCUUCAAGAGGCAAGUGAACUUUCUUUCACUGUUUAUCUAUUUUCUAGAUUUAUACUUAUAAUAUUUUUGCAUUUCCAAUCUGCCCAUCCGAAAGCAGAUGUAAUGGAUAUUGCAAGACAGUGUUUCAUUGCUCCUGAAAGCUGAUAUUGAAAGGAGGUGGACUCAAACUGUGCCUCUUUAUCUCAGCAGGAGACCAACAAAGAGGAAGGGCUAGGAGGAGAAACAGAAGAUUCUGAAGAAGCUCAACUUCUAUGGUGGGUACUCUCAGGGCUCUUCCAGACAACCUGUUUAUUCAGCAUUCAUCCUGAUUUACAUGCCCAAAGCUUAUGCAGUGGUUAGAUGCUGUUCAGUCCUCAUUGAGCAAUCACUGAUUUGUUUGAGAUGAGGUUAUAUAACAAUGAGCAUUUAUCCUGAUUUGCUUGCAUGGUGUUAACAUGUCUGCCCAUUAGUCAUUUGUUCAUCUCCCACUUUUCAGUCUGUUUCUCCAUCACUUUCCAAACAGCAAAAGUUUUGAGUUGUUGUUUUUAAGUGGUUCUUUUCAUACAAGGACAGCAAAGCAUUUGCAUUAUAUUAAAGACAAAGGGCAUAGUUCUGGUAUAUGGCUAGGAGCAGAUUCCAGUUUUGUGACAUUGCAGUAAUACUUUUUUCUCAUUGAAAAAUGUCUCUGGAGUAAUCUAUUCUGAAGAAAAUAACCACUCAGAUAUUUUCCAGCUUAUAUUUCCAUAUUUAAUAAAAUUUGCACACCUCUUUCUAUUAGUAUUUUUGUUGAACUGAAGUUCAAUUAAUAUAUCUUAUUCCAAAUGGACUUCACAUUUGCUUUGCAUACAGGUUAACUCAAACCUUUUUAACUCAGUGCUGCAGGUGAUCCAAAGAUGGAAGCCCUGGACAGCAGAAAAGAGAGAAUUCCUAGAGACCCAGAGAGCUGCGAUAUCCCUUUUUAUGUGUCUGAAUUUGUGGAAAGGGAGGUUGGAACAGACUACGAGUCAUUAAGCAAGCUUGGCAGACUUAUUGAACAGCUGUCAGAAAAUAAAGCAAAGCUAGAAGAACAGGUGAGUUGCAUAUGUUUGGUACAUGAACAAAGCGCACCCUGUUCACAAACUUUGAGCUGUGUUGUCUGUACAAAUGAUGGGGAGCAUAAUCACUGAUAUUAGGGCCAUGUCAUGUUCACAUAUUGGGUAUAACAAUUCACUAUAUUUAAGAAUGCCGCCCCAAUCUGUCCUUCAACAUCUGGGAGGGAUUUUUUUAAAAAAACAGUUGCACAAUUUGGCAUGUGUUGUACUUGCAGAUCAUAUUGAAAAAUCAUGUCCUAUGCGUGGAUGGAAUGCAGAAUGGACACAAUCCCAUUCUGCUGACUAGUUGGAGGCCCAUGCAGUUAGCCCAUUCUUUGCAAUUUGCAUCUUCACCAUCUUCACCAUAUGUUCUUCCAUUUAUGCAUGCUUUCUGUAUCUCCUAUGCUGUAGGUAUCAGCCCUUUGUUUACUUCUGCGGUUUCAUUUCUUUAAUACAGUUGCUAUAUUCCUUCUUUUAUGACAGUUAUUUAGCUUACAUAAAUGAGAGCAUGCUACUAAUAAUGAAUCAAUUACAUUUGUUUCAGGGGAGGUGAUAUGGGAACUAGAGGAACUUUGGCCAGAGUCCAAAGCAGAUUUAAAAGCUGUCGGGAUUUUUUUUAUUUUCAUAAUUGCAUUUCAUUCCAGUUUUAGGUUGUUCAGGCUAUUCAUGCAUAUCUGAGAGUUGGUUCCACUGAACACAGUGACCUAGUCCUCAUGUCAUAUUAAACCAUAGUUUAAAACAACCUAAGGUUUCUAUGUAAAUAGGUAGCGCUCAUUUACAUUAAAUUCCUGCAUUCUUAUCCAUGAAUGAAACAAGCCAGUCUCCUAGUUUGUUUCUCUCCACGCAAACCAUGAGUGGUUGCCAAGACUGGUUCUGACCAUUGGCCAUGCUAGCUGGGCUGUUGGGUGCGGAAAACUGGCAACAUCAGGAGACUCACAGGCUCCCCAUCCCUGUUACAGAUGAUCAGAGGUGUAAGGAAGCUGGGAUUAACUCAAUCAGUAGGGCAUGAGGCUCUUAAUUUCAGGGUCGUGGGUUUGAGCCCCAUGUUGGGCAACAGAUUCCUUCAUUGCAGAGGGUUGGACUAGAUGACCCUCAUGGUCCCUUCCAACUCUACAAGUCUAUCAUUCUAUGAGGUCUAGUAUAGUCUUACAACUGAAACGAGGAUUUAGGGAUUGAUCUGUUAGAUUGCAUGCUUCUCUUGCCUUUUCCCUCUUCCUUACGAAGUUCUCUCCAGCCUGCUCUCUUUGGGUUUCCUGUUACCUGUUCCCAGGGCAAGAAGAGAGAAGCAGUUUGUGUACAAUCAAAUCCCAUGUAGCCCUUAUUACGUCUUAAGCCUUAGUUUCAAUUAUUUGUCUGAAUUGGACGAAAUCAGCUACAUAUGUGUUCCUCUGCCACAUAAUAGAAAUGUCUUACAGUGUACAGAUGCCUGUUGCCUCUUUAACGUAUAUUUAUAUAGGUGCUCACAGUUUCGUCUGAAGUUCCCAAAAGAAUUCAGAAGGCCUUACAGAAUGCAGAAGACUCUAAAAAAUCUCUCAAUCAGCUUCUAGAGAAGGAAAGCCUGUUGUACGAUUCAAUUAAUGAUCACUUGAUGACAUCCAAGCCAUGGAUGGAGGAUCUUGGUGUACUGAUAAGUCAGAUAAAAGAAGUUGAAAGGCACCUGGCUUAUUUAAAAUGGAUUUCACAAAUAGAGGAGUUAAGGUAAAUAGUACCUCACAUUAUGUGUUUUGGGCAUGAUGAAAGAUUUAGAGUCUCCAAAUACUUUAAAUUGUUUUUAUGUGUUGCAUUAUAUCUUGUCAAUUUGUUUUGAUGCUUUUUUUUUGAUAAAGCAACAACAACAAUAAUAAUAAUUACAAUUACAUACAUACCUUGAAACAAGGUAGGGUACAUAGAGCCCCCCUCUUUAAAAUGAAAGUUGCAAUCCUAUUGGUUACUGUGUGACGCAGAAAGGAUAUAUGACUGAAUCAAAAGCCUUGUGUUCCCUCCCAGAUAUCUGAUUGGUAGAAUUCUUAUGUUUUUGAAAGGACUCUGUGUUGGAUCAGAGGAGUUAUGUGCUCUGCAUUUGCAUAUGCUAUUCCCCAUCCGAAGAGAUCAUUGCUAUGGGUCCAUUGUUUUAUUUAGGUGUUUUUGUGCAUGUGUGUGGAAUUUUUUUUAGUUUGCAAGCUUCUUUGAACAAGCUAUAAAUGGUUAACACAAUCCAGAUUUAUUUGGUUUAAAUAAUUAAAAACUCCAUAUGCAUUGUAAAUAUUAAUUUCCUACACAACAAAGUAGGAAUAUGUGGAGCCUUCAGUUGGGUGGGGCAAGAUAAUCAAAAUAGUUAAUAGAUUUUGUGGUGCAUCUGAAUUUUUAUAGUUUCUUUAAAUUGCUUGCCAUGUGUCUUAGGUUGAGGUUUUUAACAUUUUUAGCCUGAUAUUCUCUUGGUGUCCUGAUAUGCAGAAAUCGGCAGCUGAAGUUUCUUACAGCAUGGAGAUGAACACUGAUACCUGCUAAUCCCUGCAGAUCCUGUUGGUGGAUAUUAACUUUUCUGUUUUGUUGUUUUGGUGAGAGGGUUCAGACAGAUUUCUAAGACUUAGAUUUCUUUACAUGAUUUUAAGUGCAAUUUUGUAGUGGUAUUUGUUCAGCUCCUCUGUCUACAAACAUGUCAGGUGGCCAUCUGAUAAGGCGCACCAGCAACUGUAAUAUUAAGCACUUCAUAAAUAAUUGUAAAAUCAAGCAAGAUCUUUUCACAUUAGCCUGCUCACUUUUUUCUUUUCUAGCGACAACAUUCAGCAAUAUCUCAUGACUAACAAUGUGCCAGAGGCUGCUACAACUCUAGCAACCAUGGCUGAAGUUGAUAUCAAGCUUCAGGAGUCAUCUUGUUCUCAUCUUCUUUCUUUUGUAAGAUCUACUGUUCAAUUCUGGCACAAGAUCCUGAAGGAUAAAUUGUCAAGGUAGGAAUAUGAAAUAAUUAUUUCAAUUUUGUUUUGCAUUACUAAAUCAGAGUAAUUUUUAUAUGUUCUUCUAUUGCAGUGAUUUUGAGGAGACUUUAAAUCAUCUUCAUUGGCCAUUUGUUGGACCAACACAAUCCCAGCCAUUUGGCUUGGCUACACCGCCAGCCAACGCCCAAGAGAUAUACACAAACUUCGAGACACUCUUUUCUCAGCUUCUGAAACUACAAACUUCGUAUCCUUGGAAAAAGCAUAAAGCUGUUCCUUUCCUAGUGGGCAUAUGCAUAAGCUCCAAAGUAGUGUAGAUUAAAGGUAAAGGGACCCCUGACCGUUAGGUCCAGUCGUGGCCGACUCUGGGGUUGCGGCGCUCAUCUUGCUUUAUUGGCCGAGGGCGCCAGCGUACAGCUUCCGGGUCAUGUGGCCAGCAUGACUAAGCUGCUUCUGGCGAACCAGAGCAGCGCAUGGAAACGCCGUUUACCUUCUGCCGGAGCGGUACCUAUUUAUCUACUUGCACUUUGAUGUGCUUUUGAACUUCUAGGUUGGCAGGAGCAGGGACCGAGCAAUGGGAGCUCACCCCGUCGCGGGGAUUCGAACCGCCAACCUUCUGAUCGGCAAGUCCUAGGCUCUGUGGUUUAACCCACAGUGCCACCCGCUGUGGUUGAUUACCUUGUGCUAAAUGAAUUAUUAUGGCAUGCUAAUUUUGCCACUAACUGGGAAAACAAAACAAAGCGGCCUGGCAUGCUCUUGUGCCUUGAUCUGCAGAAACCGGCAGGUGAAGAUUUUCACAACAUGGAGAUAUGCAGUGCCACCGCCUUGCAACUGCAGAUCAAGAAGCAGACGUUAAGGAUGGGAUCCAGACCAAGCUUGGUCCCAUCAGAAUCAAGAGUCAAAAAUUAGUCAUGUCUAAGUUUCAGUGUGUGACCAGCUUGUUAUGAAUCCAACCAAAUUGUCAGAAGUCAAGAAUUCUGUGUUUAUUUUUAAAGGUUUGGACCAAGAGAAGUUUGAGCAGAGUUUCAUUUCUACAUUGGGAUUUUAUUUAUUAUGCAGUGUACACUGUUGACCUCCCUGUAAAGCGGUUCCUGAGGGUUAUGGGGAUCCUCCAGAACUGUGUGAGAUAUGGGGCAAGUGAGCUGUAGCUAAUAUAAAUCAAUGCUUCUUGUCGUAGCAAAGUGACUUAAUAACACUAAUGGAGUCCAGAAAGAUAAGCCUUGAUGACACUUUGCUAAGCAAACUGAACAAAAACAGGGUAUAAUUUGAGGAGGAGUGAAGAGAGAGGCUUUGUCUUUCAUUUUGUACCCUGUAGAUAGCAGGGAGGCGUACAAGCAGAUCACACUACUCUGCCUGCUUAUCAUGAUCCCUUCCAACAUUUUUCUCACUUAGGAUGUGGUCCAGACAUCUAUAUGCCUGUAUCUGUAUCAAUAAGACGUUUAACUUUGACUCUUAAAAAUCUCAGAGAUGAACUAUUAACCAAACCAAAACAGCUUCCAGAAAAAUACAUUCUUCCUCCAUCUCCACCUAUCAUACUACCUAUGCAGAUCAUGCUGGCUCCUCUUCAGAAAAGAUUCAAGUAUCAUUUCACAGGAAACAGACAAACAAAUGUGCUGAGCAAGGUAGGUUGAUGGUGUUGUACAAAAUCAUUGUCUUAAAUAGAACCUUCUAAAAGGAUAUAUGAAGGAAGGGGGGUGGAAUGGGAGGUGCAUAUGUGCCUCUCAAAAUUUACUAGUCUCCAUCCAUUUUCAGCCUUCAUUUAAAAUACAUCCUUUAGCUCUCUAGAUGUUGCUGGACUCCCAAUUCCCAUGCGCCCCUGUCAGCAUGGCUAAUGGUCAGGGACAAUGGGAGUUGUAGUCCAACAUGCAACAGGCCACAAGUUCCCCAUCCCUGAUCUUGCUCUUUUAACUCACACAGCUGCAACAGCAAAAAUAUGCAGACAACGUCUUAUUAGUCAGAAGUAAACCUCUCCCUGCAUUACAUUAGGAAGAUUGGCAUGUAUUUGGCAUUUUGUGCAUCUUUUAAAAUGUACAAAAUACCGUAUUUUUCGCUCCAUAAGGCUGCACCUGACCAUAAGGUGCACCUAGUUUUUAGAGGGGGAAUUCAAGGGGGAAAAUAUUCUUUAAAGGGAGCGCUUAGGAGAGCCUGGGAUGCAUCCCAGGCUCUGCUCAGCGCUCCCUUUCACGAGCUGCGUGGAGUGUGUGUGUGGCUCUUGGGGGGUUUUCCCCGAGGAGAGAGAAGGGCAGUCCAUCACUGACGGGCUGCCCUUCUCCCUCCUCGGGGAAAAGCCCCCAAGAGCCACACACACACUCCGCGCGGCUCUUUAAAGGGAGCGCGGCUCUUGGGGGCUUUUGCGGGAAGUGGGGGAAGUGAGAGAGCCUUGCUCUGUCACUUCCCCCACCUCCCGCAAGAGCCAUGAGCUCUUUAAAGGGUGCGCGGCUCCUGCGGGCUUUUCUACGAGGUAGGGGAAUUCCCACCUCCCACAGAAGCCUACAGGAGCCGCGCACUCUUUAAGGAGUGUGCAGCUCCCCCAGGCUUUUCUACGAGGAGGGAGAAGGGACUGACGCGGCCAGUCAGUCCCUUCUUCCUCCUGGGGAAAAGCCCGCAAGAGCUGCGUGGAGCUUAUGUGCGGCUCUUGGGGGCUUUUCCCACCUGCCUCCCCCCUGCAUUCGCUCCAUAAGACGCACACACAUUUCCCCUUACUUUUUAGGAGGGAAAAAGUGCGUCUUAUGGAGUGAAAAAUACAGUAACACAUGAUUUUAGUAACAACUUUAAGUGAACUCUAGACAUCUUAUAAACAUAUUGGACUAACUUGAUCUAGGUUUUGCUGCUUUGCAUGGAUUUCCAAUGUACCCCAUUCUCCCAGUUUCCAGAAAGGUAGCUGUGUUGGUCUGUUGCAACAAAAACAACGAAGUGCCGCAAGAGUUUGGUGUUUAUAUCCCUUCUAUUGGCCUGUGACUCGAAUAGUCUAUUUCCUAUAUCUUUUAAGGAAAUUCUUGUCUGUACUGCAGCAUACACCUAUAGCAAGCAUGUGUUCUGCUUAUUAAACUAUUUUUGGUUAAGCACUUCCCUUGCCAAGCACAAACCACUUAAUUUCUGGGAAUAUAAAAAGCAGUGGCGAGGGCUGCUAGAGGGGAACUGGGCCAACAGGCUAAGGUGAUGUAUGAUGCUAUGAUCGGACAAAAUAGGUUGCAUCUUUGACCUAACAACUGAUACUGUGAAUUCUUCUCCUUUCUCAAAAGCCUGAAUGGUACCUAACCCAGGUACUCAUGUGGAUAGGAAAUCAUGCUAAGUUUCUUGAAGACAAAAUCCAACCAGCUUUGGACAAGGCAGGUGUAUCGGUGAAUGCAAAGGUAAGCAUCUCUGUAUAUUGUUAACAUACUGAUAACCAUGAAAUUAUACAUCCAGCACAGGAUGGGCAGAAGAUUGACUGGAAACAACUGUUACGAUCACUGGGUGUUUUCCAGUUGAUCAGCAAGGAUUUCUGACUCCCAAUUGAUUAUUGGCAGCAGCAAGAAAGUGACACAUGCAGACUACUGAAAUUAAGAAAGAUUGGGGGGGCAGGAUACUCAAUUUGAAAGGACUGUGAGAAAAUGUUCUAGGCUCAGGAUUUUUUAAUUCUAAAUGUGUCUCUUUUGCGCAUGGGUGUUGGGGCAUUGAUUUUUUAAAAAGUAGAUUCCACCAGCCUGAAGUUUAACCGUUUCUGAUACAAAUGCAGUUGUCAUCUGAAUUAAUCUCUUUGUUUCUUCCUCAGCUGGAAUUUUCCCGAGCUUUGGUGAUACUGAUCCUUGAGAAGCUGGCUGCCGAUAUCCCUUGCUUGUUGUAUGACGACAACCUCUUUUGUCACCUGGUGGAUGAGGUACUUCUCUUUGAGAGAGAGCUGCACAGCGUUCAUGGGUAUCUCAACAGCUUGCCCAGCUGCAUGCACAUUCUCUCUGAAGAAACCUGUUUUCAAAGAUGGUUAACUGUGGAAAGAAAAUGUAAGACCUGACUUGGUUAAAAACCAGACCUGAAGAAAUUGGGUGUUUGGGGAGGGGGGCCAUUCCAAACUCCCCUACCUUGGGGGAAUAACUGUUUUAAAUCUGAACAAGUCUUGGAACUAGAGUUGUGCCCUAAAUGUUUGCAUUUGGGAUAGAAUUUACGGUGUACGUAGUUUUCUGCAGAGGCCCGUGAUUGUAAGAAACACAGUCCGUGCUGCUGCUCCUAACAGUGUCAGGCUUUUGGUGGGGAGAGGUAUAUAGAUCUGUCUGAUAGUGAUCCUGAUGCACAGCAAAGGAUAUAGUUUGUUUCCUAAUCAGGAGGCCUACUUGAUAGCCGCUAGAGGGAUAUCCCAGGAAUAUUAGUUGUCAGACAUAGCAUGGUAGAACCAACUUUACGGGGAGAGGGUUAAGAUGCCAAUACAGUGGUGCCUCGCAAGACGAAAUUAAUCCGUUCCGCGAGUCUCUUCGUCUUGCGGUUUUUUCGUCUUGCGAAGCACGGCUAUUAGCGGCUUAGCGGCUAUUAACGGCUUAGUGGCUUUAAGAAAAAGGAAACAAACUCGCAAGAACUCGCAAGACGGAACGUCUUGCGAAGCAAGCCCAUAGGGAAAUUCGCCUUGCGGAACGACUCAAAAAACGGAAAACUCUUUCGUCUAGCGAGUUUUUCGUCUUGCGGGGCACCACUGUAUCCAUGAAUUAAGGCUAGAUUUUUAGCCAUUGAGACUAUUGAGAUACGCUUCUAGGAAAUGGCUGAGCUUGCCAAAGGAACACUGCUGUAACAUCUGAGCUCUUCAGAGCUUUUUAUCUACUGCAAAGCAAAUCCCUGACAAAGAAAAUAGAGGCAAGAACAGACUGUACCACCAGAGAUCAGGCAGCUGAUGCAUAUUUGCUUUCCAUGUCAGAUCCAUCUUCCUAUUUCUGCAUGAAUAGUACUCUCUUUGCUAUUGUUCUUGUUCCUUUUAUUGUUCAGGAGACUUUAAAGCAGAGAAGAAACCACAAUAGCAAAAGCAACCUGGAAAAGGAUGCAUUAUUGCUAAUUACCCCCUUAUUACAGUUUAUCGUAAAAUUGAAGAUCAGGUCAAUGAGAAGUUAAAUUUGUAAAACCUAUGAAAUUCGAAUAAACAACUGUAAAAAUGUGUCACUAGAAAGUGUUAAGCUUUACUUUGGCUAAUACUUGCAUAAAGAUAAUACUGUUUGUCAGUUUUGUAAGGGAUUUUAGCAGUUGGUAUAAGAGAACUCAUCUGAUUCCAGGGCGUUAUUGAUAAACGUGUUCUCUUACUGGGUUCAUAUUGGCUGUUUUAGCUGUUACUAAGGUUCAUUCAGUUAACUCCUUUAGUAGAAGCAGCAUCUUAACUUUGAUUUGAAAUUGCCGUAUUUGAUACGUUUUUCCCCUGUCCCAAAUUUCAUUUUAAAAAGGAACAAUUUGUUUCCCUCUUGAAAUAAAAUUUGAAAUAAUAAGGUAACUACAGUAAGUUAUUCUAUUUUAACUAAGGUAACUAUUUAAAUAUUCUUCAUUGGUUUUCUGUGCCUGGCAGUUGCUCUUCAAAAGAUGGACUCGAUGCUUUCAUCUGAAGCUGCCUGGAUAUCACAGUAUAAAGACAUUACAGAUGUCGAUGAAAUGAAAGUCCCUGAUUGUGCUGAAACUUUUAUGACUCUGCUACUGGUUAUCACAGGUAAUUAUAACGUUUCUGGCAUUGGGUUCUGGCAUUGGGUUGUUGAUUGUGUUACAGUUCUUGAAUUAUUCAAGAACGGUAACGCAAUCAGCAAGGAAAUCAACGUCCUAUCAGUGGCUACAGUUGUCACCAAAUAACAACAACAACAACAACAAUAAUUUAUUAUUUCUACCCCGCCCAUCUGGCUGGGUUUCCCCAGCCACUCUGGGCAGCUUUCAACAGAACCUUAAAAACAGAAUAAAACUUCAAACAUUAAAAACUUCCCUAAACAGGGCUGCCUUCAGAUGUCUUCUAAAAGUCAGAUAGUUGUUUAUUUCCUUGACAUCUCAUGGAAGGGCGUUCCACAGGGCAGGUGCCACAACCGAGAAGGCCCUCUGCCUGGUUCCCUGAAACUUCGCUUCUCACAGUGAGGGAACUGCCAGAAGGCCCUCAGUGCUGGACCUCAGUGUCCGGGCUGAACAAUGGGGGUGAAGACACUCCUUCAGGUCUACUGGGCCGAGGCCAUUUAGGGCUUUAAAGAAGUAAGAGUUGGAAAUUGGAAUUGCAUCUGCAUUGGAACAAAUCGGUGUAGUUUCUGUUCAUUCUUCUUUCCAUCAGUGAAUAAUUCACAAGGUAGUCAUGGCACUGUUAAUACUAACAGCGUGGAUAUGUUGGGCAAUUACUGCUGGGAUAAUGUACCUUUAAAAAAGAAAGACAAUCUAAGAAUACUCAGAAACCUAAAAGAAAUCAAACAUUGCUAAUAAUUAUAGUAUGGAUUUUGAGUAUACGGUAAGCAGGUACCUUACGCUUUAAGUAGCAUGGAGCAGCAUCAGUUAAUUCAGAGGAAGUUAAUUGCCCUUUCCAUCAUUAUCUCAUGCGUAUUCCAUUGAGUUGACUCACACUCAACUGUGUGUAGUAUUUCAGGCUUAGGCCUGCUGAAAUCAGUGGGGAAAAGUUAGUCAUUGUUAACUUCAGGUCCAUUGAAACCAUGGUGGCUAACUUCCUCUCAAUCCAGCCUAAUGUGUUUUAGGUUGAUACCCCUAUUUUAUUAAGUUAGUUAGCAGUCAGUGUUUGGCAUAGAACAACAGACAAAUGCCAUUAGGGGAAUGAAAUGUGGCCUUUGUGUGUCUGCAGAACAAGUUCCCAGCCUGUCUUGUAUCCAUUAAAAAUGCUCUUUCUGUGGGACAGCAGAGACUAUGAAAAGGAGGCAAAAGUGUUAAGUGCCAUAGCGCGAAGCAUUGAGCACAUUAAUAAACAAUUUUUUGUAACACCAUUCCCAUUCCUUAAACAGGGCCACUUAAGUCUGUGAUGAAAUCUUGGACGGUAGGUGCUUUCUAACAAAAGAGAGCCUUUAAAAAUAUGAAAUAAUUUACCAAAUUCCUUGUAAUGUGUUCUGCAUAGAUAGGUAUAAACACCUUCCUGCAGCUGCUCGGAAGCUUCAGUUCCUGGAGUUGCAGAAGGAGUUGGUGGAUGACUUCAGGAUACGGCUCACUCAAGUUAUGAAGGAAGAGACCAGAGUGCCUUUAGCCUUUCGCUACUGCGCCAUCCUCAAUGCUGUGAACUACAUAGCAACAGUCCUGGCAGACUGGGCGGACAACGUUGUAAGUGAUGAUCGUUUUACAUAUCUACAGUUGAUCUUUGUGGAUUGCCAAAACUUAAUUUCAAAAGCAUUUUGUUACACAACUGCCCCUAUUUAUUCACAGUUUAGAAUUGCCUUUCGCUUGCACUGAUAGAAUUCAGUACAUUUUCAAAGUGCAGGGGAUCAGAUCGCGGCCAUUUUAAGGUGCGACAAUUUUGGGGCGACAGUGCAUACAGCGGGGUCUUCAUGUCUAUCUAGUUCUUUUUGCAGCUUCAGCAGGCGGCGCUGGAAGUUUGUGCUGAUAGCAGCGCACUAAAUAAGCUGCAGCUAGGACAACUGGCUUCCAUGGAAAGCUCCGUAUUUGACGACAUGAUCAACCUCCUGGAGCGACUAAAGCAUGACAUGCUGACUCGUCAGGUGGAGCAUGUCUUCAGAGAGGUCAAAGAGGCUGCCAGGAUGUACAAAAAGGAAAGGUAACACUUUGCUGGACACAUUUUAAUUUGUACACAGUUUGGAAGGGAGUGAAGGGGAAUUUUUUAAAAUGUAUAGCCUGCGUUCUUCUUCCCACAAUACUGUAUGCCAUUACCUUGUUUUAUAAAACCUGAUCCUGCAUCUGGCAGGAUACAGAUAUCUGAAAGGAAUGACUAUUUUGAGGGAGAACAAUCAUCAAGGAAUUAUAUUCCGUGCUUGUUGUGAGAUUGAUAAAUAAAUCGGCUGUUUUAUCGUGCCAUGAAAAACACUUGUGUCUUCAAGAUGUAGUAACAAUUUUUGCCAUUUAGAGAACCCAGUUUUGUCACCUGAAUAUUCAGGGGGGGAUGACCUUAGAGUAAUUCUUCCAGUUCUAGAGUAGUUGUGCAGUUUGACCCAGUAGUGUUACAGCUUUGGAACACGGAAUUGCUUCCAAAAACUGUCUUAAUGUUCAAGAUGGUUAAAUAAAGCUAUGUUUGUUUUUAUUUUAAGAGUCCACUAUGAUUCCACUUUGUUUUAUCGUAUAUCAUAUCAUAUAUCACAGAGUUUGAAGGAACACCUGAGGAUCAUCUAGUCCAGCCCGCUGCAGUGCAGGAGCAUGCAGCUGUCCCUCCCAUUCAGGGAUCGAACCUGCAACCUUGGCAUUAUCAGCACCAUGCUCUAACCAACUGAGCUAUCCAGGAUGGAUACUAGUCACUGUGGUUUUGGGAUCUAGUAAUGUGUGUAUUAAAAUACAUUCCUCCCCCUUGCCCCACCCUGCUGGCAAGGAUGCUGCUACUGCGUUCCCACCAUCCCUGGCCCAUUAGGUACCUUAACUGGGGCCAAUGGGAGUUGGACUCCGGGAACAUCACAGGUCACAGGUUCACCAUCCCUGUGCAAUGGAGAGAUUCCUAAUGCCAGUGGCAAAAUGCAAAGACAAUGUACUGGUUGUGUCUCCUAGACAUUAACAGGUGUUUUUCUGGACUCUCUACUCCUUGAGAAGCUUUGAACCAGAAUGUCAGGGAUGGAAGCUGGGCUCUGCCAUUGAGCUAGAUGUGGUCCCCUUCCCCAUCUGUCAAGAAUCUGUCAAGGCUUAUCUGGAAUCGCAAACAGAAACAGAUCUCAUGAAGUGUCUUGUAAACUCCCAAGCCAACUUUGAGUAGGGUGCUGUCAGAAGCCUUCCUUUGCAGUGACGAUUUUCUGUUUCUUUCAGGUGGCUGUCUUUGCCUUCCCAGUCAGAACAGGCUGUGAUGUCUCUGUCAGCCACUGCCUGCCCACUGCUAAUGACCUUGAGAGACCAGCUCCUACAGCUAGAGCAGCAGCUUUGCUACUCGUUGUUCAAAAUCUUCUGGCAAAUGCUUGCAGAGAAGGUGGACUUGUUUAUCUAUCAGGAAGUAAGUGUCUGUCCUGUGUGACUAGGGCCGUAAUGAUGAAUCAUGCCAUAAAUGUUCACUAUGACCUGCCUGUUUUUUGUAUGCUGUGUACAGAUCAUUCUGGCCAAUCACUUUAAUGAAGGAGGAGCAGCGCAGCUGCAGUUUGACAUGACCAGGAAUCUUUUCCCUUUGUUCUCACAUUACUGCAAGAGGCCAGAGAAUUAUUUCAAACAGUAAGUAAAACAUAUCUCACUUUCUAGUUUACUUCAAAACUUAUAUAUUGGGGGGGGGAAUAGAGGAGUUGCAAGGAUCCUCUUCUUCCUACCCUUUUGUUAUGAACACUUUUCUGAGAAAGGGUGUGUGUGUGUGUGUGUGUGUGUGUGUGAGAGAGAGAGAGAGAGAAAGAGAGUGUCAUCCCUUUUAAGAGUUUUAAUAAAAAUGUAGACUGGCAACAGACAGUGUGGUGUAGUGGUUAAGAGCAGUGGACUCGUAAUCUGGUGAACCCGGUUCACUUCCCUGCUCCUCCACAUGCAGCUGCUGGGUGACCUUGGGCCAGUCACACCUCUUUGAAGUCUCUCAGCCUCACUCACCUCACAGAGUGUUUGUUGUGAGGGAGGAAGGGAAAGGAGAUUGUUAGCCGCUUUCAGACUCCUUUGGGUAGUAAUAAAGUGGGAUAUCAAAUCCAAACUCUUCUUCUUCUUCUUCUUCUUCUUCUUCUUCUUCUUCUUUUUCUUCUGCUAGCAUUUACAGUAGGGUUGGUUAUAUUGCAAUUUUAUGUUGUGAACCGCCAUGAGAUCUACAGGUAUAUGGCAGUUAGUUAGUUAGUUAGUUAGUUAGUUAGAUAAGCAAGCAUAUAAAGACCACUGCUUAAUACUUUUACAUCACUGUUGGGGAAUAAUUAUGGGACAAGUUUAAGGCGUAAAAGCAUAAGAUCAUGAUCCUUGCCAAAUUAACUGGAAGAUAGUAGUUAAAUAACAUAACUUCUGCAAGCAUGGGUUCCCUCCCCCGUUUUGUACAAAAAAGUGAACUUACCAUUUACAGGCUGAGGUAUUUAGUGAGAUAUUUGUCACUUAAAGAAAGAAAAAAGCUGAUAUAGCAUGAAGAUCUGUUGUUCCAAUUUCUCUGUUUUAAAUGUGGUUUGUCAUGUGGCAGGAUGGGCUGCUAUAUAAGCAACAAGCCUAAAGUUCCCCUCCAAGCGUUUGCAUAGCUCUCUAGGUUUUCCCCUGUUCUGAAAUGGGGACUUUCUCAUUUUCUUUUUCAGCAUAAAGGAGGCCUGUAUUGUGCUGAAUUUAAAUGUUGGCUCAGCCCUACUUUUAAAGGAUGUGCUUCACUCAGCCACUGAAAACAGAGCUGAAACCACCCUGAAUUCAAGUCAGCCCACAGCAAUGGCAGCAUUAAAUGAACUUGGAAUUUACAAGUUAGCGCAGCAAGAUGUCGAGAUUCUUCUUAAUUUGAGAACAAACUGGCCUAACACUGGGAAAUGAGCAAAUAGAGAGAUUAAUCACUGUUGAAUUCUGUGAGAAUCAAAGCCAACUUUAUCAAUGCUCUUACUUUUCUCUGUGCUAAACUAACUUUUUCAGUGAAGAUGAAAGAGCUGUAUACAUGUCACAGUUUCAAAGAUACUGUUUCGUGCUGGGUACAGUUCAGCAAGAUUAUAACUGAACAAUGUGUUCAGCUGGAAUAUAGUCUUGUCCAACACCAGUGUGACAAAUACAGUUUUCUCAGCUGACUUUCUGUGGUAAUCAAGUAAAGUUAUUGUCAUUACAGGGCGUAUUCUAAUACAUCUAAUACAUUGUGUACAUACAUGUACACAAGCAACAAGCCCCUUACAGGAACCAAUUAAGAGUGUGUGUCUCUUAAUCUCAAGGUUGUGGAUGGGGCAAAAGAUUAAUGGGGCAAAAGAUUAAUACACUGCAGAGGGUUGGACUAGAUGAUCCUUGUCCUCCCUUCGAACUCUACAAUUCUAUGAUUUUAUUUUAGGAUCCUUCUAGGAGUUUGUGGGAACUGCAUUUUAUGAGCUAACCUAAGUUGCUUCCCCUUGUUGGCUGCUCAGUCACACAGAAUCCUGUUAAGUCUGGCUGGAUUGUUGCUAGGGUUUUCCAACAACUCUUUGCAAGGGCUCUGAGCUGUUAACACCAGACAUAUUGCAGUGGUCCACUAUCAACACUAGGAGCUUACAGCGGUUUGCAGCAUUUUCUGUGAUUUCUUCUAUGCCUUCGUCUGGAAGUCUAGAGCACUCUGAAACAGCUGCAGCCCUAAUCAAACUGAAGAUCAGCCAGAGAGAACUUGAGAACUGGUUUGUCUUUUUGUCUUCCUGGGCUGUUCCUGUCGACAUCCCCCGUUGCUGAGGACUGAGAUUUUGCAUUUUCCCUGAUGAAGAGCAAGUAAACAGCUGUUUAAUUAUUUGUUUGUUGAAAAAUUGGGCUGGGGGGUUGCUACAGGCCUGGGUAGAAAGAGGGGAAAGCAAAGGCUGGAGAAAUAAAAAGGAGUGGUGUCAAGAUAUAGGUGGCCCAGCUAAAGACCGUGGCAGAUCAUGAAUAGUGCAGUAUGGAUAAUUAUCUGGUGAAGAUUGGGAGCCAGUGGCCAGGUUGGUCUGAGAGGGUGCCUUGUGUAAAAGGUUGCACAGGUAAGUUUUUAAAGGUGGCCAAACUCUGCCGUCAGAAGUACAGCCAUAGGAGCUUUGGGGUGCAGAGAGAGUUUAGUUUGUUUCAUUUCAUAAAAUUAAUACACUAGUUUAAAAAACACAAACACAAGGCUCCCCCAAACCUCAAAGCGAUUUACAAGAGAGGAUUUGCCACAAUAGCUGAACUGGGUUGUGAGAAUAAUUGGCUGGCAUGGAAAUGGGGGGGGGGGGGAUUUGGCCUGCAGUAAAAGUCUCUUAGAGGCUGACUCUUGAGUCUUUGGAAAGACUGCAGCAUGUAAAUAUCAGUAUUUCCUUGGGUACAAAGGUUGUCUUUAAUAAAGCAAUUAUCUUAGUUUAAAGCAGGCAAGUCCAUAGUCCGUUUCAGGGGCCUAAUUCGGCCCCUGUGGCAGUUUAUUUCCUGGGGUAAAAUCCUAAAUCAACAAGGGGUGGGGAUGAAAAAAAGCUCAAGAACUUCAAUCCUAAAAAAAAGGCCAACAACUUUGAUUGGUCUUUUGGUCGGCCCUCACGGCCCUUCACUUCAUCAAAUCUGGCCCUCUUUGAAAAAAGUUUGGACACCACUGGUUUAAAUUCCAGCACUCCUCUCCAGCCAAGUGUCUCUAAAGAUGGUUGGCUAAGAACAAGGUAUAUAUAGCUUUUGCUUUCUUUGGGUUACUGUUUUCUUGAGUCUGUGCGAUGGCAGGAGGAACAUUGUGUGUGUUCCCUUCUUCAAAAUGGAGCAGGUCCUAAAUUUAAGGAUGUAGACUAGAGCAGCACUCUUGACUAAGGUGUCUCACCACGAAGAGACCAAAACACUUGAUUGUUGAAUGUACCACCGGUUCCUGAGCUUGAAAUUCUCCAUCUUGGGGCCAGAACCAUCUGAACAAGCUAUGAAUUGUGGACUCCCCAUACCCCAACCCGCCUAUCCCAGCAGCAGCCGCCACCGCCUCUUAAGUGGGAAGGAGUGGGGAUGAAAAUCCCCACAGAAACCUCCUUCUUCAUGUGGGUUGGACCUUGGUGGAUCAAUGGUGACAUUUUAGAGUGAACCCCAAUCCUAAGUGAUUGCCUUGUAUUUACAACAGUGACAAAAUGAGGUAACAGAAGCACUGGUUGACGCUGCAUGAAACAGAAAAAAGUUUCCCAAAGGUAACUUUCCUUCAAAAGCUAAUAAAAACGCUUCACCUAUUUCUUACAAACAUAUAAAUUAUUUUAUUUACAAAGCCAUGUUACAAAAAAUAAUAAUAAUAAUAAAGCAAAAACAAAAUGUAACCCCAAAACAAAAGAAAUACAAUCGCUCACUAGAGAAUAUCUCCAGGCCUGGUGUUGAACUGUGGCAGUAUCAGUCAGAUACAUGUUUGUUCUUUUUUCAAAACUGUAAGCCAUAAAGUUUUAUUAUUUACACCUUACUUCCGACACAAUUUUCACAAGCAUGGAAUGGGCUCUUUCUGAUACUGCUAAUACAUAAAAGGUGCAGAACGAAGAAUGAAAAUACUUAGUGUUACAAAAUAUGGGUUUGUAGAAAAGAAACUGACUGUACACAUAUGGCAUUUUCUUUUAGAAUGAUUGGACAUGCUUUCUUCAAAAGUCUUCUGGAAAAAGAUUCUAAAAUCUGUAGUAGGAAAGCACAAUACAGGAGGUGCAAAGUCAUUUCUGUGCAACAGUUAAUAUUCCCCAUGACUGACCAGCUAUGCAAAACCCACAGAGUUUUGUUAAAGUGCCACGGGCCAACAGCAUAACAAAAUAUAAGGUGUAAAUAGAAAAUUUUCUUUUUUUCAAACAAUAGUUCACUGAGAAUCAGCAGUAAUAGAAUAUGCUGUAUAAACUAUUCUCUACAAAGGUUGAUCAGCACUAUGUACAAUUGUUAACAUUGAUACAAAAGAAGGCAUACAAGUUAUCCAAGUCGCUUUUGUUUUUUUAAUAUGGCUGAAGGGCCUAUGCAUUGCGUAUGUGUAACAACCAAAGCUGCUGAGCCUCUAUUGCUGGAAACGAAUCACAAAGUCUUCAGGCAAAGGUGGGAGGAAGGAAAAAGGAAAAGCUACUGUUGAAUGAAUGCUACACUAAUAAUACAUUAUAGGCUGGUCCAGUUCAAAUCCAUUUUUUUUAAAAAAAAACCUGCAUUUCACUUUUCAGGCUGGACAUUUUAGCACGUAUAAAAUCAAUUGGUGAUUUUUUAAAAAAAUGCAGGGGAUAAAAAAGGUAUGAGGUUUUUACUUGGUUUCCAAAAUGCUUUCAGACCGAUGCCACUGAAAAUAAAAGGAUACAUACAUAAGCAGCAAAGAACACUCCCCAGUCCAGCUUCUUACAUAACAGAUGCACGUGAAGAGCUAAGGAAUUCUUAACACGACUGAAUUGCUCCUUCGGUCACUGAGUGACAUUAAUUCUCAGAAGCAGCCACUGAAUCUCGCCACCCCUGUUCCACCUCUAAAAGUAAAAAACAGCAGUUCACUUAUCAGAUGGUGUUUUCUUACUGAGAUUUUUAAACUCCUGCAGUUAUACAACACAAAAUAAAUUAGUUUUUUUUAUAUUAAAAAAGAAGUCAACAAGGCUCUGUUCCUACAACUGAAGACAAAAAUUGUGCAAAAAUAACAAAGAUAUGUACACUUUUUUCAGUCUGAAGAAAUGUACAAUAAAACCAUAACUCAAAAGUACAUGAAAAAUAUAAGCAUUGCUUAAAACUUUCCUAAGUUUCAUAUUGUUCAUGAAACUGUUCCUGUCACUUCCCAAAUAUAGCAAAACAUAAAUUACAAAAUUAACACUAUAAAAUUUUACUUUAAGAAUAUCUUCUAAUUUCCCCCCAAAGGGCCUAGCCAUGUUUACAAUUGUUAAACAUUGUAUAAGCUUUAAAAAUUUCCUUAAGCCUUCCACCCCCUAAAAGUAAACGGCUUCCUGCCCCCUUGAGAUGUAAAUAAACCAGCAUUUAAGUGCACUUUUAACACUGUAGAAAUAAAAAUUAACUGCUCUGUAGUAAUUUUGCAGUACCCUAGUAUUAUUAAGUUCCUGAUUUCAAAAUCUACCUUUAUUUUUUUUAAAAGCAGUAAUUCCUGUAAAACAUUGUCAGUGCAAUUCUAACUGAUACAAAUUCAGUAUGCUCAGCUCCUGUCUUUUCAAAGAACAAAUUGUUUCAUUAAGGAAAACAGUAGCAUAGAUUCUUUGUGGCCCUCCAUCUACAAGUGAGGAAAUUGUCACAUGGCGCUCCUAUUAAUCUCACUGGGAACAAAUUGAAUAAACCCUUCAGUACAUUGAGCAGAUUAGGAAUACCAUAAUCAACAAGAGGUGCUGCACACUGAAAUCUCUGAACAACGUCAGUGAAACUUCUGGCCACACAGUUGUUAGAUACUGCUGAGAAAUGCACUAGGACAAUAAUAAAUAAUAAAUACAGAAGUUACUGUAAAUUUUAAACAAU